CGCCGGUAGCGCCGCGCCGCCGAGCCGCGCCAUGGAGCCCGGCGCGCCGCCCGACCUCCGCGACGUCGAGCUGAAGCUGGGGCGCAAAGUGCCCGAGAGCCUGGCGCGGCCGCUGCGCGGCGAGGAGCCCCCCGGCCGCCCCGCCGCCGCCGCCGGCCCCGCCGCCGACCGCCGCCGCGCCGCCGCCCUGGCGCGCCUGGAGGCCAAGCUGCACCUCCUGCGGCAGGACAUGGUUAAUCUCCGAGCCACAGAUGUCAAGCUUAUGCGCCAGCUACUCGUCAUCAAUGAAAGUAUUGAGUCAAUCAAGUGGAUGAUUGAAGAGAAGGCUAUUGCCAGCAGAGGUAGCAGUCUGAGUGGUAGCCUGUGCAGCUUGCUGGAAAGUCAGGACACAUCUCUCCAGGGCAGCUGCAACAGUUUACAAGACUGUAGUGAUGGACUAGAUGGAAUAUCAGUGGGGAGUUACUUGGACACGUUAGUGGAUGAUGUACCUGGUCACAAAACCCCCUCAGAUAUUGACCAAUUCAGUGAUUCUUCUAUUCUAGAGGACUCACAACCCCUGCAUAAGCAUCCUAAAAUUGAGUCUGAUGAGUACUACUGUUUUGGUUAAAAAAAAAAAAAAAAAAAAGUUCCAGUGGGACACAUGUGCACUUGUAUUUAUCUUUUUUUUCUUUGCUGCUAUUUUAUUUCAUGUGCAAAAAGCCCAAACUUCUCUUGCAAGAAAAACAUACUUCAAUUCCAUUUUAGAACUUUCCUGUUCCUCCUAACACAUUUUCUCCUAGAUGAGUUCUCUUCUCCUCCUCCACUUUUUUCUUAAUUUAUUGUUGCAAUUUUUCUUAUUUUGUUUUAAUUUUUUAUAAUGCUGUAUUUACAAGUUUUUAAAAGUGGUGAAGGAAAAGCUUUAGUUUUAAAAUGAAACAUUGUGGAAUGAGCGUGUUAAUUUUGUACUGGUUGGCAAUAAAAUGUCUUCUGAUAACCAUA